GGAAAGAUCACAAACAGCAGUCCUACUCAUCCCAGGGGUGAUGGACUAUCCACCAGAGCUCUCCAACCCCGAUCUCGUGGGAGCUCUUGUCCAGCACUCCGACGAGGAUCAAGUGAUCGGGCUCCGCAUCGACGCGUGCUUAAACCAUGGAGACCCGACGAGCUGGAGCAGUUUUCUGCGCAGCAGCGGGCUGGUGGAGCGGGAGACACUCAACCACGUAGCAAGGUCCGGUGCUUGCCAGUUCAGCGCGGUGGCCGACCAGCUGUUCCGCUCGCGACCUGUGACGGAGAGCUUCCGGCCGGACGUCUACCUCAGGCCCGUUGGCGUGUUGCUGGCCCUGCACUGCGUCUCCCACAACCAGAACGCCUUCCAGGACUUCAUGCUGCAUGCGGCACCGGUCACCCGGCGACAGCGGCAGCGCGGCGGCGGUGGUGUGGACAUGGAAGAAUACGCCCGACGAAUGACCAGCACCCGCUGCGACGGGGAUCACAUCACUCUACAAGCGCUCUGCGACGCCCUUAAGGUGAACAUCAACGUCGUAAAAUGGACCAGGGACGAUGGUUGGUACCCGCGACCGGUGACCAGCGCUACUAGCAACGACGCCGCGGCCGCCACUAACCCCCCAGCGGCGGUCGCAGAAGAACCACGGCGCCCCAGCCGGAGCGUGUUCGUGGCGGACACGCUCCGCCCGCGGGCGGUUUCCUCCCUGGACGCCCGCGCCCGUGACUUGCAGCUGCAGGGGCGCACCCUGUGGCUGUCGCUCCACGGCGAGGCUCAUUUCCGGAGCCUGCGGGUGCGGGACCCCGUAACGGAGGCGGAGGCUGCGAUGCUUGGUCGGGCGGGGGAUUCGACGGGGUCGGCCGGUGGUGGCGGUGACGGCAGCGGCGGUGGGGGUGGGCGUUCUUCGUCAUCUGCUUCUUCCUUGUCUUCGCCUCCCAUGGGAGGUCGUACUUCCUCCUCCUCCUCCUCCUCCUCCUCCUCCCCCUCCUCUUCUUCCUUGUCUUCCUGUUCCCCUUCGCCGCCACCGUCCUCUUCUUCGCAAGGGAGGGGGGGGGGGUCAAGCCCGCGCCUUAGGGCCUCGUCAUCGCCGUCUCGCUUGCCUGGCGGCUGUGGGCCUGAUGGUGGUUGUGGCGGGGCUUCCGCGGCGAGCGCUGCCCCGGCGGCAAGUCCGAAGGGUCCCGCCACUGCCGGUGACAGCGGCAGUGCUUCUGGACCGGCUGCACCGGACGAGGCAUGCCGAGAGGGACGGCGGGAAGAACGACAAUCAUCGCCAGCGACAGAUUAUUCUGGUAGCAGGGAUGUGGUGGUGGCAGGGGGCACAGUAGGUGGAUCACCGGGGGGGAGGGGCCCCACGGUUUCCCCGCCGGAGGCGGCGGAAGCGUUGCCAGACGGUGGUGGGCAAGGUGAUGGCGGCGCGAACAACGUUGAUGGUAGCGGCGGUGUUAAUCCUUCAUCGGCGACAACAGGAACUAAGUCACCCAAUCGAGAUGCGGCUACCGCGGGGCAAGAUAACCUCGUAGGCCGUGCUGCCUCCCACGACGGCGUGGAGAGGGUCGGCCCUGACGAAAAGGCGGCGGCGACGGCGGCGGCGGCGGCGGCGGCGGCGGCGGCCGAAGGAGCGGUCCAUUCCGAGGAGCACGUGGUGCCUCUCAAAGAGGGCUCCCUUACCGGUGACGCCGCCAGCACCAAUAACGACAGCAAUCGCAAAGGCGGCAGUAUCCAGGACGAUGGGGGGGAGCUGGAGGACUGCUCCAUCUGCAUGUGCCCCGUGACCGGGGACGAGGACCAAGCGUCUCUCGACAAGUGCGUCCACGCCUUCCACUUCACGUGCAUCGUCAAGUGGGGCGUGACGACCAACCAGUGUCCUAUGUGCAAGAGUCGGUUCUACGUGGUCACCCGGCUGAGAGACGACCACGUCAAGCGAUUCCGAGGAAGCAGGAGGCCACGGCCGCUGGACGAAGGAGGGCUGUUCGCUCCCAACGGCCACCUGGGCGGUCUGCUGAUCCCCGAGGAGCCGGAGCCGGAGGGGGCCCGGGCGGUGUGCCUGCACUGCCAGGACGGAGGUGCAGAGGAGCAGCUGAUGCUGUGCGAUGGCCCAGGCUGCGGCAAUGCUGCCCACACGUUUUGCUGCGGGUUGGGGGAGGUCCCCGCGGGAGACUGGUUCUGCCCCGCUUGCCAGGCCCGUCGAGAGGAGGAAUCUCGCAGGCGAGAGGCCGACUCCCGCCGCGAUGCCAUCCUGCAGCGGGUGUGGGCCGUAGACUCAGGGUCCGACGGAGAGGAGGAGGAGCAGGACGACGACGGGGUGGAGGAGGAGGUCGGGGGGGGGCAGCAACAACAACCACUGGAGUCAUCUGGGGAGGAGGGGGUGGUCACUGGGGCGGGUGCUGCAGGAGAAGGUAGCGGCGCCGCGGGGGGCGGGAGGACAAGGAGGGCAGCCGCGGAGGCGGCGGCGGCGGCGAUCACAACGGCGGCCACGGCUGAGGCGGGCGCUGAAGCUAUCGCUGAAGCUAUCGACGAGGGCAGCGAAGUGAGGGAGAGCAGCGGGGACCUGGAGGCGAUUGGCUUGGGGUAUUCGUCCGGCUCUUUGUCAUCAUCCAAGGAGGAGGAGGAAGAAGAGGUUCACGGGUCGGACGCGGAGGACGGCGAUACCGGCGAAGGAGCAGACCCGACGGAGACCCGAGGCCGCACGGCCGUCAGCAGCGGUGGCGGAGGCACCAGCCGCCCCCGACCCCACGGCAGUGCCAGCCCGGAGGCGAGGAGGAGAUCUGGAGACGGCUCGGAGGACAGCGAGAGACUUGUGAGCGUGCUUUCGGGAGGCGGCGGGGUUUCCGGCGGGGCUGCUGCCGGUGGUGCCAGCAUCAGCAGCCGUCGCCGCGGGAAUAGAAGAAACGGCGGCGCCGUGGGUCGGAGCGGUCGCCGUCGUGACGGAAGCGGUUCCGCCUCCGCCGGCGCCGCCGCACCCAACUUCUGGCCCAGAGUCCUAGCCUCUGCGACGUCCGCGAUGACCCCGAGACACGUGUUCGCGGACGAGGAGGACGGGGAGGAGCUGGCGAGCAGCGAGGACGAGGCAGGGCCGCCGGCCGGGGCGACUGGGGUCGUGGCGCAGUCCUGGGCUGACGCGAAGCUUGCUCAGCAGUUAGCACAAGGGACGAACAAAAAGAAGAAGGGCAAGGCUCCUUCCACCUCGAAGCAGCCUCCACGCACGGCGAUGACAACCAGAACCCAGCCACAACAACAACAGCAACCCGUUCGCGGCAGCGUUUCAAAUGGUCAGGCCUCCCCCGGCUCUCCUGUGUGGAACGGCGGCGCCGCCUCUACUGCUGCUUCCACUGCCGCCCUGGGACCCACCCCGCAGCAGCAGCAGCAGCAGCAGCAGCAGCAGCAGCAGCAGCAGCAGCCGGAGCGCAGGGUGUUCAAACGUCCCAGGAUGAUGCGUACGUCACUACCCCCGGUCUUGCUGCCACCGCCGCCGCCCCCGCUGACGAUGUCGCUGGUGAAGCGGUACGGCGGCCGCACCGGCGGGGGUGGUAGUGUUGGUAACGGGGGGGGGGUCGCAGCACGAGGAGGAAGGAGGGCGGGGGUAGGCACGACGACGACCACCCCGCGGCUCCCCGCUGCGUCGGACGUUCGCCUGGGACACUUGGAAGUUCAGGCGCUCGUGCAGCGGCUCCGGCGCGUGGCGCUGAAGGAGAGGGAGCGGCGCUCCAGAGGUUGGGCCGUUGGGGGUUCGGCGAGGAUGGGUGUGUCUGAGGGCGGCGGGGGUUACCCGAAGGUGCCCUCGGAGGUUGAGCAGACGAUAGAGGAGCUGCGCAGGGUGGCUGUACACGGAGACGCCACUACCCUUGACGUACUCCUGUCUUCGCAGGUGGGAGUCAGCCGCCGUCUCAAUCGUCUCGACGCUUCUGGCUCGCCCGCCCUUAAACUUGCUGUUUUCGGUGGUGGUGGGUGUUGGUGGCCGUCCCAGCUCCCGACGGUCCUCCGCCUAUGGCUGGAGGUAGCACCAGACGGCGGACCAUUCCUACCGCCCCCCCAGAGGGCAUCCUUGCUCAAGGUGCUCAUGGUGCUGCCCGUCCAGAAGUCGCACCUGCGGGAGAGCGGUAUCGGCAAGCUCGUGGUAGCGAUGGCGGCCGGCCCGGGAGAGACUCGAGACAACCGGGAGCUGAUCAAGCAGGCAAGGAUAAGGCGGUGGAGCCAGCUAGUCUUCAAGACCCCCAGGGAGCUCCCGGUGUCCCCGUUCUCCCCGCACAACCACGCCUCUCCGAUGCCGCGAAGGCCUGCGGCGGUAGGCUCUGCUCGGGCCGCAGGUGGUGCUGGUGCUGGUGCUGGCUGGACCACCGCCGUUCGAUGUCACCGUGCGCGUUCGUUGGGUGGAGAGAUGUUGUCGGCGUCAUUGUCGUCGCCGCCGCCGCCGCCGCCGGCGUUGCCGCGGCACGGAACGUUCCAAGGAACGCGAGGAACGCCCCCGCCGAGAGGGAAGAAGCUUGGCGGCGCCCAAAACGGCGGAAGUUCUUCGUCUUCGGCAGCGCUUCGCAGGGGAGGGGGGGCAAGGGCGGUGAUCCGGACCAUCCCUCGGCGACGCGAUGUCAGCGGUGGCACAGGCGGGGGCGGAGUCAAGAGAACUAUCCCCCGCCUGCCGUCGCAAGACGGCGAUGGGGCACGCAGCGGCGGUGGCGGCCGCGGUGGUGCGGCGACCUCGAGCCUUUCGUCGCCCGCCCGCCACCCGGCUCGUCACCGAGACCCUCACCGCGAACCCGCUUCUUCUUCUCGCGAUUUAGCGUCGGCAUCGCUCGUUCCUCCGACCUCUUCGUCGUCGUCGUCCUCCGCUACGUCUUCCUUGCCCCACCACCGCCAACUCCACCUCAGCGGUAACGGCGGCGGAGCCCGCUCCUCGCGGCCCCCCUCAUCGUUUUCGAGACCCGUGUCUAAUGGAGAUGCAACCCCGCGACCUCAACAGCAGCGGCAGCGGCAGCAGCAGCAGCAGCUGUAUUCUUCCCUUCCCCGCCAAUUUCCCGCUCGCGCCGCGAACGCUCCUUGCGGCGGCGGCGGCGGAGGUGGCGGUGGCCGCAAGCGUCCAAGGGAGGUGUCGCUGGCGGCGGCGGCGGAGGCAGCAUCCCACUCGCGAAAGCAACACUCGGGUCGUCAAGAAGGCGGCAGUGCGGAGAAUGGACGCGGCGGAGGCGGGGUUUCGAGGGAAGUCGGAGGCGGUCGUGGUGGCGAUGCAGUCGGAGUCCCGCCCAGGCGGUUUGAUUGGCCAGCAGCGAGGGGACCGCGGUCUGGUUGAAUCAAGUUCUCGAGAGGCGAAAAUGGGUGGCUCAGGUCGAGAUAGGGUACAUAGAGUCAAGCCCACUCGGCGUUAUUGGCUCUGAUCUAGGGCAUAUGUCGCCGCGUGUGUCAAGAGUCCAGCUUACUGACCCUGUGGUGGAGGGACUGCGGGGCCGCCACUUCCGCCGUGUGGCCGUCCUUGUGCUAGGUGGCUGAACGCCUAGGGAGAGGUGCUGCCCGAAGCACUCAGGACUCAAAAUAGAAAGGACUUGGUCGGUGGCUGUCGCGUGUUUGGGUGGGGAGGAUCAGACGUGGAGAGCAGGAUGGAGAUUGCAAGAACGACAGGUUCGGUAAAUAGCAGGUUGGGUAGGUAGACCCCUCAGUCGACGUUCGAGGGUGCGUUACGUGCAUGAACGUGAAGUUUCUUCGGCCUACUCUCUCUCCAUCGCUGGAAAUAAGGGGGGAAGGAGGUGGUGCGGAAACGCGACCUUAUCGGAGUGGUGGAUGCGGUUCACUCCCGUGCUCGACACAAGAGCGGUCGUAGCGUUUUCGAUAGCUCGGCGUGGGUGCCUUCGUGAGUGCUCCAGGGUACAUAAUUGUCGAAGGAAGGCUUGCCGUUGCCAACUACCCAAGACCAGGCAAGGAUGUUUUUCGAUCGUCUUGCAUCGCAUGAGAGGUUGUGCUUGGUGGCAGCCCAUGUUUGCAGCAAAGGCGCGAACUGAUUUUCAUGUGAAAUAUGAGAAGCACGCGUCACACGCCAAUCACGCGAGACAUUUAUAAGCAGGGCCAGCUUUCACAAGAAAAAUGAA